CACUCCAGAACGCAGAGCCCCCUCCGAGUUCUCAUUUCCAUGGACUUUUAAGAAAAAAAGUUUAGCAGGAAGAUGAUGGCACACACCUUUAAUCCUAGCACUCAGGAGGCAGAGGCUAGCUUGGUCUACAGAGCGAGUUCCAGGAGAUAGGUUCUCUCAAUGGCUCAUUACUUACUAAGUACUAAAACUGACCUUGAAUUCACAGAGACCUGCCUUCCUCUACCUCCCCAAUGCUGGGUCUAAAAGUGUGCACCCCCACAUACAGGUGCGGUGCUUUAUUUUAUUUUGGUUGAUGGCUAAUAUGGGAGGGACCAGAUCACUGUGGGCACGUGGGCUGGUGGUCCUGGGUGCCAUAUGAAAAGAAGCUGAGAAAGUAAUGUGAUAAACAUUGUCUUCUAUGACCUUUGCACCAAUUCCUGCCCUGACUUCCUUCAAUGAUGGAUUAUAAUACGGAAGUGUAAGCAAAAUAAACCCUUUCCUCCCCAAGAAUGGUGGUUCAUCAUGGCAAUAGAAACUCUGAGACAGGCCAGUGAAACUAUGCCUCAAAGAAAGUGAACCAGACCAGGUUCCUGAAGAUGACAUCAGAAAUUGUUCUCUGAAGCCCGGCGUGGUGGCACACACCUUUAAUCCCAGCCCUUGGGAGGCAGAGGCAGGCAGAUUUCUGAGUUUGAGGCCAGCCUAGUCUACAGAGUGAGUUCCAGGACAGUAGGACAGUCAGGGCUAUACAGAGAAACCCUGUCUCAAAAAACCGAAAGAAAGAAAGAAAGAAAGAGAGAGAGAAAUAAAUAAAUAAAUAAAUUGUUCUCUGGUCUACACACAUGCACACACUAAAUAUGUUUUUAAAGACUUUUAUUGUUUGUAUGUAUGUGUAUUCUACAUGUGUGUAGGUAUCCAAGGAGACCAGAAGGUAUUAGAUCCACUGGAACUAACUAGUGGUUAUGAACCACCAGAUAUAGGUGCUGGGAAUAAAAGUCAGAACAUCUGGAAGAUCAGUGAGUCACUGAGCCAUGGAGUCGCUGACUCCAGUCUCUGGAAGCCCCCAAAUCAGUUUUUAAAUCCCUGAAUCCUAAGGCCUUUUUUUGGGUUCUCAAUCUGUGCUGAAGAAAGCUAUAUAAUUCACUCCUUUAAAGAUUUGUGUGUCUGUGUGUGCCCAAGUGUAUGUUCAUGUACUGAUUUAUUCAGGUGACUCUGGAGGCCAGAAGAGAACACUGGAAUUCCUGGAGCUGGAGUUGUGGGUGGUUUUUCCAAGACAAGAAUUUUACUAUGCAGCCCUGGCUGGCCUGGAGCUCACUCUGUAGACCAGGCUGGCCUUGAACUCAAAGAUUGGAUUGUCUCUGCCUCCAGAAUGCUGGGAUUAAAGGUGUAGUUUUGCCUCAUUGGAGUCUACCCUCAUUUAUCAGGCCCUUUAAAGCUAUUAAGCUCUGUACUCCAGCGUUUUGGCUCGAUGCUGACACCUGCUGGUCACGCAUGGCUCAGCAGCCCUAACCUUGGCACCUACCUCCUGCCUGCUCUGGCUGGGGCAGUCUGUGCCAAUCUUACCUUCUAGGGCCUGAAGAUGCUUGUAUAAUGCUGUUCUACUACACCACUCGAUGAUCUUUCAGUACUUCCCUCACUGUCUCUCACAUUAAAAUCUGGACUCUGCACGGUUUUCAGUACCACAAAAAUAUUAGGCAGCAAGAAAGAAGCAGACCUUUUAUUAGGUGGAGGUGUGUAAAUCCGUCCUUGCCACUUCAGAGUUGGUGCUUCCUACAGAAUUCCAUUCCUUUUGACCUUUGUCUUAUUUCUAGGUGGCUCUUGGGACACUGGACUUCUUGGUGACAGUGAUGAUGAACCGGAGGUGGAGAGUAGAUAGGCGGGGCCUGGGGUGGGGCUAGACCAAAGGGCCUCUUAGGAGCUUCUCCAUUCUGUGAGCUCUCAGAAACAUCCAAGGCCAGACUGGCACCCAGCACACGGCAGUGACUGAUCACACACCGACCGCAAGCACCAUGGAGUCCUUCAGCUCAAAGAGUCUGGCACUACAAGCGGAGAAGAAGCUGCUGAGUAAAAUGGCUGGUCGGUCCGUGGCGCAUCUCUUUAUCGACGAGACCAGCAGCGAGGUGCUAGACGAGCUUUACCGCGUGUCCAAAGAAUACACGCACAGCCGGCCCAAGGCACAGCGGGUGAUCAAAGACCUCAUCAAGGUAGCGGUUAAAGUGGCUGUGCUGCACCGCAGUGGCUGCUUUGGCCCUGGGGAGCUGGCUCUGGCUACACGAUUUCGUCAGAAGCUACGGCAGGGCGCCAUGACCGCACUUAGCUUCGGUGAGGUGGACUUCACCUUUGAGGCUGCCGUGCUAGCAGGUCUGCUCGUCGAGUGCCGGGACAUUCUGCUGGAGCUGGUGGAGCACCACCUCACACCCAAGUCACAUGACCGCAUCAGGCACGUGUUUGAUCACUACUCUGACCCCGACCUGCUGGCUGCCCUCUAUGGGCCUGACUUCACUCAGCACCUUGGCAAGAUCUGUGAUGGGCUCCGGAAGCUGCUGGACGAGGGCAAGCUCUGAAGCUCCGGAGCUCAGCACACUGGACUUUGGCAAAAUGACUGACUGGGAAAUGACACAUCGGGCUCUCUAACCCUGCACCAAUGCUUCUCGAUCCCCUGGCUUCACUCUCUCCCAAGAGUGCUAUAGACACUGAGGCCACCCCCACCCCCAAACUACUGCUGGGGCAAAGCAAGGCUGAACUGAGUGAGGCGGCUCUCGCUCCCAUCCAGUUCCAGUAAAGGAAACAGCUGACUGAAGAAGAAGUGAAACUCAGGUCCGCUUCUCCCGGGAGGGCUGCCCAGAACCAGGGGAUCCUCCUCCUCCACAAACCCGAGGAAGGGGACACUAAAGGCCACACGCAGGAAGGUGGUCAUUAGAGACCUCCUGGAUCUAGAGUUGGAGGCAGCACUAGGACACAUACAGACGCUGUGUUCCAGAGCUUCUAGAAGGAGCUGGGGGAAGGGAGGCACAGGGGAAAUAAAACCACUAAAGCAUG